UAUAUUUUGUUAUUAAUAUAUAUUUUAGGAACAUUCCAUGACAGACGAACAGAUGAAAUUCAAGCUGAUGAUAGUGGAGAAAGAAAUUCAUGCCAAAUAAAUAAUGGUGGUUGUGAUCAUAAAUGUAACUUAGAACUAAAUGGAGACAUCACCUGUAGUUGUUUUGAAGGAUUUAAAUUAGAAAAAGAUGGUAAAAAAUGUACUGAUAUUAAUGAAUGCCUUGUAAAUAACGGAGGAUGCGAAGGAACGUGCUACAAUCAAAUUGGCUAUUUUGUUUGUCGUUGUCCAAGAGGCUAUAAACUAGCUGCUGACAGAAGAGGCUGUCAAGGUAAAAAGUAGAAAUUAAGAAUUAUUGUUAUAAUCUAUAUACAU